AUGUGUUAUUUUCCUUUGAUUCCUAGAUUGCAAAGAUUAUAUGCAUCCCAUGCUACAGAUGCCGACAUGAGAUGGCACCAUGAGCAUACACAAGAGGAUGGGGUAAUGCGUCAUCCAUCAGAAUCUAAGGCUUGGAAGAAUUUCAAUGAAACUCAUUCUUUUUUUGCUGCUGAACCAAGAAAUGUAAGGUUGGGGUUAUAUACUGAUGGUUUCCAACCCUUUAGUCAGUCUGGGAGGAAAUACUCUUCGUGGCCAGUGAUUGUCACCCCAUACAAUUUACCUCCAGGAAUGUGCAUGAAAGAGGCAUAUAUGUUCCUAACUAUCAUUGUUCUUGGGCCAAACAAUCCCAAAUAUAAAAUUGAUGUUUAUCUGCAACCUCUAAUAAAAGAAUUGACUUUGUUAUGGGAGACAGGUGUAGAAGCAUUUGACAUCUCGAAAAAGCAAAACUUUCAACUAAGGGCAGCUUUGAUGUGGACAAUCAGUGACUUCCUAGCAUAUUCUAUGUUAUCAGGAUGGAGUACUGCCGGCAAGUUAGCAUGUCCUUAUUGUAUGGAGGAAACACAAUCCUUUAGAUUACAACAUGGCAGGAAUACAUCUUGGUUUGACAGUCAUAGAAUGUUCCUUGACCAACAUCAUCCGUUUAGGAGAGAUCGUAAAAACUUUCUCAAAGGUAAGACUGUGAAAAGACUAUCACCAUCCUAUAGAAUAGGAAAGGAAAUUUUGAACCAAAUUUGUGACUUAGGGAUAAGGAAAGUAACAGAGUUAGAUGCACAGGAAGUUAAUCGGAAAAUAUAUAAGUCUUGUGGGUGGAAAAAGCGAAACAUAUUUUGGGAUUUUCCUUAUUGGAGUUCUAACAUGAUUCGACAUAAUCUUGACGUCAUGCAUAUUGAAAAAAAUGUCUUUGAUAAUCUGGCAAAGGAUACUAGUGGAAAAUAUCCAAAAGUUGUAUAUACAAUAGACAAGGAAGAAAGAGCUAUCUUGUUCAAUUGGGUGAAGGGUUUGAAGUUUCCAGAUGGGUAUGUUUCGAAUUUGGGUAGAUGUCCAGACACAAAUGCGAAAAGGUUAUUUGACAUAAAAAGUCAUGAUUGCCAUGUGUUCAUGCAACGACUAAUGCCUAUUGCUUUCCGUGAACUACUUCCUAGUAAUGUGUGGCAAGCACUUACAGAAUUGAGCUUAUUUUUUAAAGAUCUUACUUCAACCACUUUAGGAGUGGAUGACAUGGAGAUAUUAGAGGCAGACAUCCCACAAAUCUUGUGUAAAUUAGAACGUAUAUUUCCCCCUGGGUUUUUUGACUCAAUGGAACAUCUUCCUGUGCACCUUCCAUAUGAAGCAAAGAUUGCUGGACCUGUACAAUAUCGAUGGAUGUAUCCUUUUGAAAGGUACCUUGGAACUCUUAAAAGAAUGAUUGGAAAUAAAGCUAGUGUUGAGGGUUCCAUUUGUGAAGCAUACUUGAUGAAGGAGUUAACACAAUUGUUUUCUCAUUAUUUUGAACCUCAUGUCAUGACACGUAAUCACGAUGUGCAUCGUAAUGAUGAUGGUGAUGCUGUGGAAGAUCUUGAAGGAAAUUUAUCAAUAUUCACCCAUCCAGGUCGACUAUGGGGAGAAGUAAAAAAGAGGAAUUUAUCCCUUGAAGAAAUCAAGGCUGCCCAAACUUACAUUUUACUAAAUUGUAAAGAGGUUGAACCGUUUGUGAGUCUUGCUCAUGGACCAUUAAUAAGCGCUACAUGUCAUUCAGUGUAUUUUAUUAAUGGAUACAAAUUUCACACGGACAGUCAUGGUAGCGCAAGAUCAACAAUGAAUAGUGGAGUUUGUAUAUCGGUCCCAAAUUUUGGUGAUUACUAUGGACGGAUAAAAGAGAUUAUACAAGUGGAAUAUCAUGAAGAUCCUUUAAAGAAAACAGUGUUAUUCAAAUGUGAAUGGUUUGAUCCAACUUUGGAUGUUGGUGUUAAAAAGCAUAAUCAGUACAAAUUGGUUGAUGUUAACCAUCGUCGCCGAUAUAAAAAACAUGAACCUUUUAUUCUUGCGAUGCAAGCAACUCUAGUGUGUUAUGUGUUGAAUCCUAGCAAGAGAAAGGACAAGGAUGAUUGGGUAGCUGUGUUGAAGGUCAAACCUCGAAACGUUGUUGAAUUACCCGAUAAGGAAGUGGUGACAACUCCAGAAUUGAAUAUUCCAUUCCAAGUUGAAGAAGUUGAAGUCCACGAGAUAGAUAUGAAUGUUUCAAUUGAUGAAAAUAUACUCUUACAUGAUCUAAAUGGGAAUUCAAUUGAAAUGGAUGAACCCAUCGUUGAUAGGUUAUUUCCAGAGCAACAUGAAAUCCAAGAGUAUGAAACUGAAGAAGAGUAUGAAAUAGAGGAAACUGAGGAGGAUGAGGAAGAGUUCGAAGAAGGAACAGAUAGUGACUAA